AUGCUUCUACUGAUGGUAGUCCUCACCGUAGAAUUCAGCGACGACGAUGAUGACGGAGAUGGCGCCGUCGCGCGUUCGCGGACGGGCAUCUCUGGCAGCUAUGAUGACCUGGACGACGGGACACGUGGCAGCGGGGGAUUGGACGAUUUCUGGGGGCUGGGUCAGCAGGGGCAGGGCCAGUACUGCCGGGAGCGAGGCCAGCUAGCGGUGUGCCGGCCGCCCGACGCUGUGAUUAUAGCGGAGGGCGAUCUGGUCUCGCGUCUUUCAUCCGUCUGUGCCGCGGCCGCCCUGCUGCCAGCAGCCAACCUCACAACGCUCACCCUCUGGGUCCCUGAUGCCUUCAUGCCGCACAUCCGCUUCUCAGACCUCUUCACCCUAGCUCCUGCUGACGCCUCUGGUAACCCCGCCCCUCCUCCUGAUGUGGAGGGGCGGUCCUUGCGUGCUGCUGCUGCUGGGGAGGCCGGGGAGAGCGGGGAGGGGCUAAGCAGUGGUGGUAGAGAGGGGUCAAGAGGGGGUGCGGACCUUGGGAAUGCCACAGAGGGCGGAACAGGAGCCAACAGCAGCAGCAACGGAGGCAGGGGCGGCAGCGGAGACGGCAGAAGCAGUAGCAGAGGCAGCGGUGGUGGUGAUGGCAGCAAGGGUGGCGGUGCAGGGCGGUUUGUGUGGGUGGAGGAGGUGAAUGAGACGGCUGCCCACUGGCGCCAGUUCCUUGCACUCACCCACCGACCUGUGACCAUCCGCGGGUGUCAGAAGCGCGGCGCCUCUCCGGAUGCCGCUGCUGCCUCCCUCACGCUCAGCCUGUACCUCUCGCCCGCCUCCAUCAACUGGCUCGUGAACCCAUGUGCCUUUGAGCGCUGCAUGGCAGCGCUGCACCCCUUUAGCACCCCCCCUCCUACUCCUCUCCACCACUCACAACCCCACCCCACUGGGCAGGACGCGGUGAACCCGUGUGCAUUCGAGCGCCGCAUGGCAGCGUGCAUGGCAGCGCUCCAUCCUGCCCCACCUGUGGCUGACCUGCUGCUGCAGGAGGACCUCGGCCGCCUCAAGUCUGCCCUCGCCCUCUACCUCGAUGUGAGUGCCCUUUUUCAUUCGAAUUCUGAGGCGCCUCUAAAGGCAGCGCUGCACCCGUCUCCGCCUGUGGCUGAGCUGCUGCUGCAGGAAGAUCUCGGCCGCCUCAAGUCUGCCCUCGCCCUCUACCUCGAUGUGAGUGCCCUUUUUCAUUCGAAUUCUGAGGCGCCUCUAAAGGCAGCGCUGCACCCGUCUCCGCCUGUGGCUGACCUGCUGCUGCAGGAAGAUCUCGGCCGCCUCAAGUCUGCCCUCGCCCUCUACCUCGAUGUGAGUGCCCUUUUUCAUUCGAAUUCUGAGGCGCCUCUAAAGGCAGCGCUGCACCCGUCUCCGCCUGUGGCUGAGCUGCUGCUGCAGGAGGACCUCGGCCGCCUCAAGUCUGCCCUCGCCCUCUACCUCGAUGUGAGUGCCCUUUUUCAUUCGAAUUCUGAGGUGCCUCUAAAGGCAGCGCUGCACCCGUCUCCGCCUGUGGCUGAGCUGCUGCUGCAGGAAGACCUCGGCCGCCUCAAGUCCGCCCUCGCCCUCUACCUCAAUGUGAGAGCCUUGUCACCUAUAUCACAAGGGGAGGAUAUUACUUUCGCCCACUCGCUCUACCUGGACGCGAGUGUCCUGUCCCUUCCACUCUCUUCAUACCACAAUGCGUGCAUGAUCACCAUCUCGGGAGGGAAUGGGACGGAAGGAGGGAAUGGGACAGAGGUGCGGCAGCUGCUUAUGAAGCAGAAUCUCUCACCCGGUGACCUCAUGCUGUGUGUCCGCCUGCAGGCAGUGGAGCUGUUCGCACUCAGCAUGACCCGCGGGCUCAUCUCCCUGAGGGGCGGCCUCGCCUCGCCACAAGCUAUGUUCAUCGCCGCCCAUGGCGCUGCCCGCUCCGACCUGUUCCGCGUGCAGCGCCCCGUCUGUGACUCGCCGCCCCUGCUGCCGCUCACCAAGCAGAAGCUCGCUCGCUUCACCAUCAUCGAAGAGUCCCUCAAGCUAGUCUACUGCGCCAUCCCCAAGGUGGCGUGCAACUCGUGGCUCAUGUGGCUGAGGGCGCGCCUGGGUCUGCCCAACCCAGAGGACCCGCUGCUGGCGCUGAACGAGAAGGAAUGGGGCUUACACGAACUGGCGCUUGAUUUCACCGAGGAACAAGCGAUCCGCCUCAUGACGCGCCCGGACUUCUUCAAGUUCACAUUCGUGCGCAACCCCUUCUCGCGCAUCGCCUCUGCCUACUCCAACAAGCUCGUGCGCACCGACCGACCCAAGCUCAAGACUGGCACCGGCUGGGGCACCCGCCAGUACUGGAGCAACGCCUUCUUCCAUGCCGUGAAGCCCAUGUACGAAGCAGUCAAGGACAGCACAGGGCUCGUCUCUUUCCCCGACUUUGUCCGCCUCGUUGGCAAGCUGCUCGCGAAUCACCGCGCUGACAUGGACCGCCACCUGGCGCCGCAGGAGGACAUCUGUGCUUUAAGCUCCAUCAAGUAUGACGUUGUGGGGCGCUUCGAGCGCCUCGAGGAGGAUGUGAAGACGGUGGUCGAUAGGUUCGGCGGCGAGCACCUGGACGUGUUUAGGUUCGGCAAGGAGGCGCACUUCACCGAUACGGAUCGGCGGCUGGCGAAGCUGUAUGACAAGGAUACAUAUGAGAGGGUGAAGAAGAUAUACGCUAUGGACUUUUAUAUUGCCAUGAACAACAUUACUCACGAGACUCCAAGGGUAUUGUAUGAGAUAUACGAAAACGAUUUCUAA